AUGGAUCCCAUCGGUCUCCUGACCACGGUGUGCAAGAUCACUUCGGCGAUGCCUGGCAUCAUCCGUAAAUAUAAAGACUCAAAGACAGAACUAUCUGCAAUCCACAAUGAGCUGAUUGAACUUCGUCUCAUUCUCGAGGUCCUCGAAAACGACACGCCCAACCAGAAUGUUGUUCCCAAGUCUCACCAAAAGGCGAUUAAGUCGAUGAUCGACGGCUGUUACAGCGUCGUGACUGAACUUGACCAGUUGCUGGGAAAACUCGGGCAAAGGACUGGCCCAGUCGGGGCUGUGGUCGUGUGGGCUGAGGAUAUGGAGAACCAAGUUGGAGCUAUGCGAAGCCAGCUGGGAAUACGCCGAGAACUACUUGCUCUGACUUUGAGCGUUACCACGGCAUCACUUGCAAAAUCCAUCAAGCAAGACACCAAGUCCAUCAAGCAAGUGACCAAGUCCAUCAAUCAAGACACCACGUCUAUCAAGGAUGACACGAGUACCACCCGGAGAGACCUUGCGGCUCUCAGGAGCGACAUAAACCAGCUCGUGGAACAUGUCAACCAUGCAUACAAUCACCCUUCGAAUGGCAUUGGAUCCGAAAACAAUAGGGGCUCACUUCUGAGGCAUUGCGCAGAGACGGUCACUACCUUAGUCCAAGAAGUCUGCCAUGACCUGGAGUCAAGCAUCGCCAUCAAUGAGACCGCUCCUAUCUCUCUGAGCAACGAUGCAUAUUCGGCAAAGUUUCACGCCGUCGAGUCUCAGGCAAACUCCAAGCAGCAGACAUUAUCGUCCAUAUGCUCGACCCCUGCGCCGCGACUUUCCCAAACUAGUGCAGUGACAACAGCAUAUAGCACAAAAGCUUCAUCAUCGUCAGGGUCUAGCUGGGCUCGACCUUGCUCUACUUUCAGCUCUACGCAAUCCACAUUAUUCAAUGGGCAGCGGAAAGGCACCCAGCAUGCGCCGUUACCGUCUCGAAAGGAAGUAUCCCAACAGCACCAUGAGGAUCUGAUCGAUUUGAGCGAACACGUGAACCUCACAACCCUAAGCCCAGCCGACUCGAUUCCCAGUGGUCCCUUCCCCCAAGCCGUCUCAAGCAGGGACACGCCACGGCAUACAUCCUACCAAGGAACAAUAAAGCCCAUCCAGUCAUCGUCAUCGAAGCCGAUAACAUUGCCGCCGCCCGAACUCAUGCAUACGUCGAGGCUCGAGUGCCUGUACCUUGCGACCACCAAACCCAGCUUCAAGAUUUGUUCCCUAGAUGUGUCCACCUAUGGGUCCCUUCUGGCUACGCUUGGACAGAAGGAAUUCGCUAUGUAUCACUUCGGACGCAAAGGCACCCCAAAGGAGAAAAUGAAGUUGAAGAACCUGAAGAAUCCCUACCAAGAUCCCGAGGAUCCGACCGACAAUUUAGAUGACAUGGUGGAGGAGGAUGAGGAAUUGUCCGGCGCUACAGAUGAUACAGAAGGAUCUGAGACUCUAUCCACCUCUACAGAGGAUGACGAUAGAGACAACACGUACUACUUCCCCCUGGGGGGACCACGAAGCUUCACUGUUGACGGAAGUGACUCUCCGUACUGUAGCUGGAGAGUCAUCGAGUUUCGUGUCAGCUUCGAGGUAGAGACCAUCGUUCUUGUUCGCCGACCUCGAAAUGGCUCGCUACUGGACAUUUUUUCUGUCUCGCAGGACUGUCAUUUCAUCGCUUAUUGCGAUAUCGCCCGGAUCUCGAUUACGGACCUGCGCACGAGACAAAUGGCGCUCGAAAUUCCUUGGAGCGAUAUAGGACCCGACUCUCAACUUCCACUUUUGGCUUUUAGCCACGGGGGCAAUUCCAGCAUGCUUGCUGUUACGAAGCGGAAGCGCGACUCGGUCCAGGUGUGGGAGAUUAGUGAGGAGAAAGAGGACAAAUCUGACUCCGACGGUGCAUAG